AGCCCAUUCCUUCUCUCUCGCUCGCGCGCCUCUGUCUGACUCUAUCCACUUCAGAAGCGAAAAAUCUCCCCCAAAAUCUAGGCGAAGCUUGGUGAAAUCCAAAACCCUCAGCGGCCACCGCUGCUGCUGCUGCUGCAUGCUCCCAUGGCGCUCGUCUCCACCACCACCGUCGCGUCGUCCUCCUACCACUGCGACCCCCACUUCCCCGCCGCCAGGAGCUGGUGCCGCCCGAGGAGCCGCGGCGGCGGCCGGAGACUCGCGGUGGUGGCGCGGGUGAGCGCGCCGAGGGAGGAGUCGGCCGCCGCCGCCACCGCCGCGGGGGAGCGGGGCAAGUACUCGUACGAGGUGGACUCGCUGAUCGACCGGCUCAGCAACCUGGCUCCCCGGGGCUCCAUCGCGCGCUGCCUCGAGACGGCGCGCCACCGCCUCACGCUGCAGGACUUCGCCGCCGUGUACCGCGAGUUCUCCCGCCGCGGCGACUGGCAGCGCUCCGUCCGCCUCUUCAAGUACAUGCAGCGCCAGUCCUGGUGCCGCCCCGACGAGCACAUCCACGCCAUCGUCAUCGGCGUGCUCGGCCGCCAGGGCCCCGCCCUCCUCGACAAGUGCCUCGAGGUCUUCCACGACCUCCCCGCCGACUCCCGCACCGCGCUCUCCUACACAUCCCUCAUCGCCGCCUACGCCCGCAACGCGCUGCACGAGGAGGCCCGCGCGCUGCUCGACCAGAUGAAGGCCGCGGGGGUCGCGCCCACCGCCGCCACCUACAACACCGUGCUCGCCGCCUGCGCCCGCGCCACUGACCCGCCUGUCCCGUUUGACAUGCUCCUUGGCCUCUUCGCCGAGAUGCGGCAUGACGUCUCCCCUGCCGUGCGCCCCGACCUCACCACCUACAACACCCUCCUCGCCGCCGCCGCCGUUCGCUCCCUCAAUGACCAGGCCGAGAUGCUGCUGCGUGCCAUGCUGGAGGCCGGUGUCUUGCCAGACACGGCGUCUUACCGUCACAUUGUGGAUGCCUUUGCUAGAGCUGGCGACCUCUCCCGUGUCGCCGAGCUGUUCCGUGAGAUGGCGGACACAGGGCACACACCGGACCCCUCCGCGUAUCUCGGGCUCAUGGAGGCCCACACGCGGGUUGGUGCCACUGCCGAAGCGGUGGCUGUUCUGCGGCAGAUGCAGGCUGAUGGCUGCGCGCCCACGGCUGCAACAUACCGUGUCCUGCUUGAUCUGUAUGGAAGACAGGGGCGGUUCGAUGGCGUGCGUGAGCUAUUCCGUGAGAUGAGAACAGCUGUACCUCCAGACACAGCCACCUAUAAUGUGCUCUUCAGUGUUUUCGGGGAUGGCGGCUUCUUCAAGGAGGUGGUGGAGCUCUUCCAUGAUAUGCUUCGUACGGGGAUAGAACCUGACAUGGAAACCUGUGAAGGUGUCUUGGUUGCAUGUGGUCAGGGUGGACUCCAUGAGGAUGCGAGAGAAGUUCUUGACUAUAUAACGAAAGAAGGAAUGGUGCCUACUGCAAAGGCCUACACUGGCCUAGUUGAAGCUCUUGGUCAUGCAGCUAUGUAUGAGGAGGCUUAUGUUGCAUUCAACAUGAUGACUGAAAUUGGUAGCUUGCCAACAAUAGAGACCUACAAUUCUCUUGCAAAUGUGUUUGCCAAGGGCGGCCUCUUUCAGGAGGCUGAGUCCAUCUUUUCUCGGAUGACCAACAGUGCUGGUAUUCAGAAAAAUAAAGAUUCAUUUGAUGCCCUCAUUGAAGCGUACUGCCAGGGUGCACAAUUAGAUGACGCGGUGAAGGCAUACAUGGAGAUGCGCAAGUCUAGGUUUAAUCCUGAUGAACGCUCUCUCGAGGGGGUACUCAACGCCUACUGCAUAGCAGGGGUUAUAGAUGAGAGCAAAGAGCAGUUUGAAGAGAUCCAAUCCAACAUGGCUGUGCCUAGCAUUAUUGCUUAUUGCAUGAUGUUGUCACUAUAUGCUAGGAACGACAGGUGGGCUGAUGCUUAUGAUUUGCUGGAAGAAAUGAAAACAAAUCGUGCUAGUAGUACACAUCAAGUGAUUGCUUCAAUGAUCCAAGGGGAGUACGAUGAUAGCUCUAAUUGGCAAAUGGUUGAAUAUGCCCUUGACAGCAGUAACUUGGAAGGGUGUGACUACAGUUUACGAUUCUUUAAUGCUCUCCUUGAUGUGCUUUGGUGGUUUGGUCAAAAGGCUCGGGCUGCAAGGGUUCUGGAUCAUGCAGUAAACUCUGGCCUCUUCCCUGAAUUAUCCCGUGACACAAAGCUGGUCUGGUCUCUAGACGUGCACAGGAUGUCUGUUGGUGGAGCACUGGUAGCUGUGUCAGUAUGGCUUAAUAAACUGUACGCCCGACUAAAAGGAGAGAAAGAUCUUCCUCAAUUGGCCUCUGUUGUUGUACUGAGAGGGAAAAUGGAGAAAAGCACGAUCACAAGAGGACUGCCGAUCGCAAAAGUGGUGUACUCCUUUCUGAACGAUACAUUGUCAUCAUCCUUCCAUUAUCCAAAAUGGAACAAGGGGCGAAUCAUAUGCCUGAAGUCCCAGUUGAAAAAGCUGCAAGCAGCCAUAGAUUCCUCCAACGGAGCUGCCGUCCCUGGUUUUGUCCACAUGACGGACUCCCGUUUGCCAUCUCCUGGCUCGAAAAUAUACACCCGGGAGCCGCUAGUCGAGAAUGGCGCGGCCCAUUCGGGUGAUGAAUCAUCGGUAGAAGAAAAGGAGUCAGAACUCCUUGCACUAUGAGCUUUUGGGGUCACAGAUAUGGUAUUAUCUGGCUGAACAAGGGAAGAGAUUGAGGUGCAGAAUAGCAGUUUUGGGGAUCUUCACGCCAUGGCUGAACAAGAGCAAGCGGCCAUCCAAUGCCUUGGAGAGCGCACCGCUCGGUUCUUUCAGUUAUAUACUGCAGCGAAUUGCCUUGCUGGAAUGUCUGCACAUACAGGAGUUCCUGAUGCCCCUGCUUCCACUCUUAACUUUCACAAGAGGAUGCUGGAGGUCUUCCACAGUCCCAGCCUCCCGGGUGGUGCAUUUCAGGGUUCAGCGUAGGAUCAGAUCACGCAUGUUGCUGUUAGCUAUGAACCUUGUUGUUUGGAUGCGCUGCGGGUACGCUCGAGAUAAUGAAAUAGUAGGAAUUUUGGAUAAAUUAAUUUAUGAUUCCUGUUAUUUUGUCUACGCUAUUGGCCUUCAAAUUUUAAACAGAUUCUAAUGUACGCGUAGGAGUUUUACACA